AUGAUGGCGGCGGCGGUAUGCGGAUCAGCAACCGCGGCUGCCGUAGUGGGCGCAGGCGGUGUUGGCGCGGCGCGGGGUCGCUUCCCCGGUCGGCCUUGGACUUCGCGGAGCCGUUUGCGCUCGGAGAAGCGAUGGCAGCUCGGCCGCUCUGGGACAGAUGAAGACGAGUGCUGCUCCAGCGGAGGCCCGAGGCCCACCGGCCUGGAGUUCGCGCUAAACGAAGACCCGUCGCACUUGCGCCUUCUCGGUAUAGAGGCGAGUUACAAGAGGCUGGGAGAGACUGGAUACAGCUCCAGUGGAAGCGAAGAGGGAGCUGAAUUCAAAGGUUUUGCUGGUGAAAAUGCAAACAGUAAUGUUUCCGUUCGCUCUGGACGAAAGCCUCGUAAACGUGAUAAUGCUUCAGCAAAGUCAUCUAAGAGGGUACGUCAAAGGCUGACUCGUGCAGUGGCUCCAAACACAGAAAACGCAGGUUCACAAGACCUUCAAAAUGAUUCAGGUUCUGCACAGCAAAUCUUCAGUCAUGAGCCUCCAAAAGACACUUCAGUAGAUGAUGAUGGUGGUGGUGGUGGUGAAGGAGGAUCAGAGAAGUCUUCUAAAACCAGGAGAAAAAGAGGGUCAACAAAACAGGCGAAUAAAUCAACUCCGAGGAUUACCAUCAAAUUGGUGACUAAAAAGACUGUGACAACAGUACCUUCAUCGCAACACAAAUCUGUUAAAAAACAGAAGGUAAUCAAAUUUAAAUCUGAAGCUGUUGAGAGUCAAUGUGCCCAAAUCUCAUGUGCUCAUGUGAAAUUAAAGACUAACAUACCAGCCAGUGAAUGCACAGCUAGUGAGUCAAAGGAGGAGGUUUUUACCAGAAGGCGAGGAAGAUCUGCUGACAAGAAAUCAGAAUCUAUUUCACAAACAGAUCCUGAAAAAAAGGCCAGUCACCCAAAACUGAAGUUGAGGAAAUCAACUCGACAGACACAAAAUUCACUGCCCAAUGAAAGUACAAAGCCAAAAACUGAUGAGAAGUCAGGACAAGAGGGCUCUGAAGUAAACAAGCUUGUGAUAAGGAGACAACGGAGUAAGUCCUCAAAUUUUAUAAAGGAAUCUGGAGACCAGAGUUUGGCUGAGUCGUUGUUGGAAGUCUCAACAGUUGAAUCCAGGUCACCUUCCAAAAAGAAAAAGGAAAAAAAGAAGAAAAGGAAAAAGAAUCAUAAGGAAUCCAAAAAGAAUCAGGAUUCCCAUUUACAAUCAGCAGCCAAUCUUGGUCACUCAGUAGCUGAUCCUCAUGGAAAGUUAUCUUUCAACAGUGAUUUUGUUGGAAUCCCAGGUUUGAAAUUGACCAGAAUACGAAACCCCAAAGCCCGAUCUAGGAAGAAACGCUGCAAGUUUGUAUGGACUCUUACACUAGUAAAGAGCAAAAGCAAAGAUACCCAUGUCCAAGAGAAUCUAGACAAGCCACCAGACAGCAAAAGGAAAGAUUCCCAAGACCAAGAGAAUCUAAGCAAAACACAAGAAAGCCCUAGCAAAGAGUCAGUACCUUCUAAAUCUGAAGAGGGAGUAAUUGUUUCUACAAAAGAAUCGACAUCUACUCCUUCCAACACAGUGGAGACUGACAUUUUGCAGGGGCCAAAAAACUUGGAAAACACUGCCAAUACUGUAACUCCUGAAAGCCCAGAGAACCCAGUGACCAUUGAGAAGGUUGAAGAGACCUCAAAAAAGGAAGAUGCAGAGGUCUUUGAAAGGUCAGAAAUUGUCAAAGAAGCACAUCCAGAUGAGGCCACUCAGACGGACCCUGAAGAACUGAUCAGUAAGGAUAUUGUUCCACCACUUCAAAUAAAGGUUGUCUCCUCACCAGGCAAAAGCAACAGUUUGAAGCAAUCAUUUUUAGUUCAGCAAGUCACAACAUCACCUGAAAUAAAAGAACUCCCUGCAAAAUUGGAAGACCAUCAGCAUCUCGAGAAGAUGGAGAGCUUAUUGGAAAUGACUUCUCCUUCAGUACCCAAAGUACAGAACAGACUACGGCAAAACACUGCCCGGAAGAAGCGUGCGAAACAUAAAAACUGGACAAAUUACAGACGAAAAGUUAAAACAAAUCCAUCUCAAGAAAACUCUGCUUCUGAAAUUGUAACUGAAACUGAAUCUCAGGAGGAGGAAUCACCAAUAUUGCCAACAAUAGUGCCAGCACCUGUAGAAUCAAAACCAAAAAUGGAAACUGGUGAAGUUGGGCGGAAAAGAGGAAAAAAAUCUAUUCCACCAAGUACGGAACCGUUACCUGUAGCAACCGAACCUCAGGUAAUUGAACAGACUGUUGAAUCAACUCCAACCAGUCCUUUCAUUGGGAAGGAGACCCAGCAGGAGAUUAAACUGGAGGAGACCGCAUCAACAGAGACUAAAGAGGUUCUGGUUUUAGAGGCUUCUGUGAGAGAUCAGCCACAGGUUCCUCAUCCUCUACACAGACGAAUUAAACAUGCCCGACGUAGACGAAGGGUUGUGAUUGGCCGUAAGUUAAAAAAUCCAAGGCUGCCACACAAGGAGUUGGUUGAGGUUAGUGAAGAUUGUCCACCAAAGAUUGGCUCCAAAGAAGUGGAGCCUACACUUGUUGGCAUAUUUUCAACAAAGUACAAGAGGAAACAAAUUUCAAGUAUUCAGUCCAUAGAGGAUAAAAGAAAAAGAGUCAAGCUCUUGUCCAUGCCGUUGAAGAACACCAAUGGAGAUAAUUUGUCCGAUCAAGCAGAAAAGGAUUCUCUGAAUGAAAAACUGGACCAAGAUCAAGAUGUUCAAGACAUUCAUCACAGCAAAACGAAGUUCAUGAAGAACAUACGGCACUUCAUAAUGCCAGUUGUGAGUGCCCGAUCCUCUCGGGUGAUCAAAACGCCAAAGAGGUUCAUGGAUGAUGUUGGGAUGUCUGAACUGCCUCGCAGGAACUCCCAAAAGAAGCUUGGUCUACAACCAAGAUCUAAGAAGCAAGAUUCUAGUGAAAGAAAUGAUUCUGGAACCCUUCAAUCUCAGGAUGAAGAAGAUGAUCUGAGUGAAACUCAGACUGAUCUUGAUUUGUCUUCCAUUUGUGAAUCAAAACCUAAAUCACCAGAUGAAACGGAGAACCUCAGUGCCGAAAAGCCAUCUGGGAAAAGACGAUCACUCCUCAGAAAUCCUGGUUUCAAAUGGCAAGCACUGGAGCCGACCAGCGAGGACAUUUAUACCUUCGAUGAAGACCUUGACAAAGAGUUGGAGACCUUACUAUCUGCCAAAGAUUUUACGGUGGACACAUUUCUUGAUCCUCUCCAAAAGAAGAGAAGAUCCACAAAGUUCAAAGCCCAAGCAUCCAAAUUGAGGCUAUACAAGAAACUGAAACUCAAACAGAGCCUCGCAAGGCGUGAAAAGACCCCCACAGAUGAAAUAGGGAAAGUGGUUUCAUCCCCUGCCAAGGCACAAAAGAUAGAGUUGGAAGAAGGAGCCAGUCUAAUACAGUCCCUUAGAGACAUGAAAAAGGAAAAAGCUAAACUUAAGAUUGAGGAUCUCAACAGCCCUGGGGUUGUUCGCAAGGUCUCCAUCUGUGUCCGAGCUCUGAGUUCCAAGUUGCUGUCGCAACACCGGGCAAGAGAUGUCCAAGAGGAUGAACAGCCAGAUGAAUUCUCCAUUUAUACAGACAUUUCACUUCCCAAUAAAUGCAAAGAAUUUGAGAAACUGCAUCUCACAGAAUCAGAACGUCUGAUUUCUGAGGAAGCUGAGGAACAUGCUGUUGAGGAUAAAACCACUUCCCAGCGUCCUCGCCUUACAGUAGCUAACAAGCGCAUGUUCAACCUUCUGAAGAAAGCCAAGGUUCAACUCAUCAAAAUAGACCAGCAGAAACAGCUGAAAUCAUCCGGGAUCUUACCAGAGAGUAGAAUCACCUCAACAACGCGGCAGAGGCGAAAACCGAAGGAGCGCAUUGAAAAUCCCUGUCCAAACAAGACUGACGCCUCUCCAGAACAGGAACCUGGCAGAGGAGGACCUCGCAUUAAACAUGUAUGCAGAGCUGCAGCUGUGGUUUUGGGGCAGCCUCGUGCCAUGGUUCCCGAUGACAUUCCCCGACUCAGUGCGCUACCCCUGCACGAGAGAUCAGACAUAUCUCCUUCACCUGCAGAAAAAGGUGUUGAGUCACACUCUGACCCAGAAAGCCCUGUGCUACAAGAACACAGAACACCGAAGUUUCGCAAAGGUAGAGCGCACUUGUUUGGGCCCCGGUCCCGAAGGUGUGGUGAGUGCAAAGGUUGUCUCCAUGAAGAAGACUGUGGCAAGUGUAUAAACUGCCUGGACAAACCCAAGUUUGGUGGACCCAACACAAAACGGCAGUGUUGUGUAUACAAGAGGUGUGACCAAGUUGAGGAAAGGAAGGCCUUGAGACUGAGUGGCAAGUUCCAAAAAGGGCACAAGAAACGGCGUCCAUCGAUCAGUGUGGCUUACUCGAGUAAUGAAGAGGGUGAGGGCACUGAUGGACUUGGACAGAUGUUUCCACCAUCUCUGGGUGACAGUCCAUCUGUGCGGAAACAGCCACGACGACACGUAAAACCACGGUCCUACAGCGACCAGCUAGAUUACGAUUCUGAUUUCGACUGGAUUGGAGGUUUGAACUCCACCUCCCAAGCCCGGAGGAGAACUCCUGGUCUUCGCAAUGCAGAUUUUGUGUCAUUGGAUGACUUCAUUGGUGACGCAUUUGACGAGGGAGUGCGGCAUCGCCGCCCUGGCUUCCACAGAGGGCAACCUAUAAGACGGAAAUUUGACAAGAGCCCUCAUGAUCAGACUCCACCCAGCGUCCUAGCGGCACUCGCCAACGGUUUUGAACAGAGAGAGCAGGAGCCUGCGGAGCCCACACACAAGAUCUGUGUCGAUUUCAAGGAGGACUGUAGUGUGCAGAGCGUGUGGGCAACAGGUGGCCUCAGCAUUCUCACCUCUGUACCCCUCGUGCCACACUACGCCUGCUUGCUGUGUGCCAGUAAAGGCCAGCAUGAGAUGCUGCAUUGUCAAGUGUGCUGUGAGCCUUUCCAUCGAUUCUGCUUGGAGCCCUCAGAGCGCCCCCUGGAGGAGAACAAGGAGAACUGGUGUUGUCGCCGCUGCAAGUUCUGCCGCGUUUGUGGUCGCAAGUACAAAGAAUCAAAGCCUCUGUUGGAGUGUGAAAGGUGUCAGAAUUUUUAUCACCCUGCCUGUCUUGGUCCCAACUACCCUAAACCCAACAAACGAAAGAAGCCAUGGGUGUGUAUGACGUGCAUCAGGUGCAAAAGUUGCGGUGUGACCCCAGGAAAGACCUGGGACACUGAGUGGAAUCAUGACAAGGGUCUGUGUCCUGACUGCAUGAGAUUGUUUGUUCAAGGGAACUACUGCACCAUAUGCUUCAAGUGUUAUGAAGAUAAUGAUUAUGAUAGUCAGAUGAUGCAGUGCUCCACAUGUAACCACUGGGUCCAUGCUAAAUGUGAAGGUCUGACAGAUGACUUGUAUGAAAUCUUGUCCAGUCUACCUGAGAAUGUGGUGUACUCUUGUCAGCCCUGCUUACAAGAUCAGCCUGAUGGAGGUGAAGUGAGUGGAGCAGUUUGGAGAGUACUGCUUGAUCAGGAGCUGAAGGUGGGGAUAGAGAGAGUGUUGGCUUGCCUGCUGAGCUCCUCCCUCACCAAACACUUGGUCGUCUGCAAGAAGUGUUCUUCGCUGGAUACUCCAAACACUUGGACUGAAGCCUUGACUGUUUGCGACUUGCAUGCAGUGGGAAAGAAAUUUGAUGAAGGCUUGUACACAACUCUGACUUCCUUCCACGAGGAUGUGGUGAAGGUAAUUCGCAAUAAUUUGGAGGAAGAGGAAGCUCUACCAGAGGAGCAAAGGCCCACUGCCCUCGCCCGCUCAUUCUAUCUAACGCUUUUAGAGGACGUUUACAGUUGGUUCAACAGUCAGGAUCCGAAAGUGUGGGAUCCAUGCUCCAAACAUCUGCCAGCUGGGAUGCUUUCACACGCUGUGAUGCCACCAAAUUAUGAACAUGUUUAUGCUCAAUGGCGCGAGAGGGAUGGCUGUAGUAAGGGAUUGGACGACACCCCACAUGUGACUGGGGGACACACUGAUGUUAAGAUUGGAGAAGAACCAGAUCUAUCCACACCUUUGGGCCAUAACCAAAGUCACUAUAUGGACAUGAGAGCAUUAAGAUUGAAACUGAAAGGCAAGAAAGGUGGACUAGCUAAAGCAGAUCUGGACACAGGUUGGACAAAAGAAGACAAGAGGCAGUGCGUUUUGUGCCAAAAAUAUGGUGAUGCUAAGGCCAGUGAUGCAGGGAGGCUGCUCUACCUAGGGCAGAAUGAAUGGGCUCAUGUGAACUGCACCAUGUGGUCUGCAGAGGUGUUUGAGGAGGAUAAUGGCUCACUUCUGCAUGUUCAUAGUGCUGUAGCACGAGGACGUCUGAUGCGUUGCGAACGAUGUAACCGAACUGGGGCAACAGUCGGUUGCUGCCUUAGUUCAUGCCAGAGCAACUACCACUUCAUGUGUGCCCGUUUCCGCAACUGUGUCUUCCAGGAUGAUAAGAGAGUCUUCUGCCACAAGCAUCGUGACCUUAUAAGUGGAAAAAUCAUCUCUGGUAAAGGGUUUGAAGUACUCCGCAGAGUUUAUGUGGAUUUUGAAAGGAUAAGUCUUCGCAGGAAGUUUUUGACUGGGUUGGAGCCAGAAUCGAUCAACUUAAUGAUAGGUUCUUUACUUGUAGAAAAGCUGGGAAAGCUUAGUGAAUUAUCGGCUUGUCAUGGAAAACUUUUCCCUGUAGGUUACGAAUGCUCUCGCUGGUAUUGGAGUACUGUGAACCCACUUUAUCGCUGCAAAUACACGUUUCGUGUUAGGGAGGUCCGUCCACCUGUUCCGGAAAAACCAGUGGAAGAGUUGCUUCAACAGGGUGGAAAUUUUACAAUUGCCCACAGUCCAUGUGCCCUGUCAGAAUCUAAAUACGCGGAAAUGGAAUUGACCUCCACAUCUGCCUUUGCCAAACCGUACCUUGGUGUCCGUCCCAAAAUGCCAUCGUAUCCUCAGAACAGAAGACCUGCUGGAGGACUGUACAGACCACUGCCUUGCCCUGGAGCUGCCCCAUCCAAGUCUCAUCACAUCUUGACCAUCAGUGAUUUGGAUGACACUCGAAGGCCACGAAGGCAUAGUCCACACUCCCAGAAUAGUGGUACCCACAGUCACGUGACCUCCCCCACUCUUGGGUCCCCAGCCGGCCCAAUUGCAUCUAGAGCAUGUGGUUCCCUCCACUCGAAGACCUCCCAGCCUACCUCCCCAGUUUUCCCCUUUGGUGCUACUGAAAACCUGCUGACCUCUUCAUCAGCUCGUCCCACUGGUCGAAGUGCUUCCUCAGUUCGGGGUCCUGGAAUAAUUAUGCCUCAUUCUACCUCAGGACUGUUCUUACAGUCCACAUGGCAAGGUGGCAUCGGCAGCUCCCCUUGCACCACCCGAUCCCUCACCUCUCCCACCCACCUCCCCACAAGAUCACAGCCUUUUGAGUUCAAUCAGUUGGACUCUCUAGAAUUUCCACACAAUUUCAUAGCAUCACCACAAGAGCAUCCAGCAGAAAAUGGUGCCUUGCCAUUUGGAGACUCUUUGGGUACACAAAACCCCUACACCUCCUUCCACAUGGAGGCAGACUUGACCAUAGCACCUGAACUGAAAACUGAGCUUGAAAUUGAAGAAACUGUGCUGAAUGAGGGAGUUGCUAUGAACUGCAGUGCGCAAAUUAUAGUUGAAGGUGAAGACAACCAGGAUGACUUUUGGAAGCAAGAUGAAGAGAAAUCCAAAAUGUCUGCCAACAGAUUGUCUUGUACUGUCAACCCGAGGGAAGACUGGGGUAAUAGUUCCUCUGAUGAGGACAUGGAGAACUACUUCAAUUUCACUCGCACUGUUGUUACUUGCAAGGCUCAAAGGGAUGCCUCUCAGACACCUACAUCUCCAUCGUUGAGGCAUAUUUCCCAACUUGAUGGUGUAGAUGAUGGGGCAGAGAGUGACACAAGUGUAACUAAUAAUGGUAACCAGAGCAUGAAGAAGUCAAAUCAGGCCCAAAAGCCACACAAAUCACCUAAUGCUGAAUCACAUGAACAGACAGCCAGCAAUGGGCUAUGUUUGGCUUUUCCAAGUCCUGUCUCUGAUAUUUCAUCAGUUGGCUGUCGGUUAGAACCUUUGUCCAACUCUCUUGACACUCAUUCCUCAGAGGUUAAUGCUAAGCAAGAUUCCUUUGUUAUAACUCAAACAUUGCAGCCAGACCCUGUGGUAGGUGUACUCACACAGGAUGCUUUGACAAAUUUUGUUGACCCAAACACAGCAUUUUCUACAUAUGGUAAUGAUUACCAAGCCACCAGUUUAGGUGUUGAGCCAGAGAUACCCUUGUUCCUUGUAAGAUGUGAUCCACCUUCACCCAAUGCACAUUUCACAGAGCUGGUGCCAGUUCAGGAAGAUUCUGUUAGUGACCCCCAAGAAUCUAUAGACUCAAAAGAAAUAUAUUUGGAUCCUAGUAGUGGGCACUUUGUAUCUUCUAUGGAUGGCUCUACAGUUAAUGGAGUUCAGACUCCACUGGAGCAAUCUCCUGUUCCUUCCUCAGUGUUGCCCAAAUGUUCAUCCUCCAUUCUCUCUGCACAAGUUCCUUGUCUAACAUUCCCAAACCUGGCACCUUUGACAAAUAUUCCCCUGUACCCUGUCCAAAUUCCUGAGGGUAAGACAGUCUUGCCACCUCUGGAGAGUUUCAGAACCAAACUACAUCCACCUACAGACCCAAGGCAUUCUUCUCCAACAGUUCCUGGAGGGGCAAUGCCCUGUGUUUCCACAAAUUUUCAUCAGAAACCAGAGUCAAUGCUCUCUGUGCCAACAGCCACUGGUAUGCCCCUUGGGACAUAUGGGCCAGUUUCAGGUACAGUGUCUGUUCCGCUGUACCCCACUUACUCACAGCCUAUUGGUUCUACAACAGUCGCUGUAGUUUCCUCAUCCCCCUCUGUGACCUCCCAACCGUCCAUGCAGUGCCAACCAAUGCCUUCUGCCAUUCAACCAGCCUCUGGUCCAGUUGUCAUGAAUGGGUACAGCAGCAUGCCUAUGCAACGAGAAACCGCCUCAGGACGGACAAUUUCCAUAAAUUUUUCAACCCCCAGAUCAACGUUGGAACCCCAACAACCGUUGGUUACCCAAGCAUUACCGGGUCAUGCUAUACUCACUGUAAAGGAGGUUGGUGGACCCAACGUGGAUCCUACUCCACAUGUUUUACUUGUUAAUCGACUUGGUCAGAUUUUUGUCAAGAACCCCGAAAGCAACACCUUCCAGCUGCCAUCUCCAAAUUCCCCAUCCUUCAGUUGUGUCACCCAAAUUGCCAGCCUCUUGCAAAGCAAUGCCUUUUCGGCAACGCUUGCAGCAGCUGGUAACUUGCCAACAGUUGGUGGUGCCACCAUUCCAAUCCAAGUCCCACAAAUUUUGACCCCAGUGGUACAGACCUCUAAUACCAUUACCCAGCUACUCACUACCAGUAACAGUGGAACCGCUUCAUUACCGGCAGAUGCUAAGAAGCCACGUAGGAGUAAAAAAGCUUCUGCCGAUGGUUCCACAUCAGGAAUAAAGAAGCCUCAGAAUAAGAAAGAGUCUUCCACACCUAGGAGGAUAAAGUCUGCUAGCACACCAGGCCCCACAAGCAAAAAAUCUUCAGGGCAAACAACAACUUCCUCGGAUGCAUCUAAUCAAGCAGAAAGUGCCCAGGCUAUUAUCAACCAAGCAAUGGCUGGCUAUUAUGACCCCAACAAGACUGUUUCCCGUAUUCUUAGCCCAUCAUCACCUUGUAACACUACCCCUGUUGGGCGAACUCCAACAACGUGUUCUGUAAUUUUACCCCAAGAUCUCCUUGUCGAACCAGAGACAACAACUUCCCCACCAGCUACACCAGGAGAAGAACUUCGACCAAAGCAGGUUCGAAUGAAAAGAGUGUCCUCCCUCUCUGACCGUAUUGCCACCAAGAAAUCAAAAGCAGACUUUUUAGAGCCAGAACACUCUAGUGGAUUGGAAGAACCACGGAAGUCAAGCGCAGUAUCUGCUAGGUAUGGAGUACGCAUCAAAACACCAACCGUCAAGGGAAUUCUUGACUUAGACAAGCUAAAUGAAGACCGAAGUAGUGACUCUGAGAAUGCAAGGCCUGGGCCUUGGGAUCGUCUUUCAAUGCCUCGAAGUGGAGACAGCAACAAGCCAGCAACUUGGGAUUCUGCCAACCGCAGUGCACUAACUGAGUGGAACAAAUACUCAGGGACGCUGUCCUGCUCAGACGAGGAGAUGCCUCCCUCAGAGAGUGAAGAGCAGAGUCCUCCUAGCCGAGACCAACCCCACCUACGCUUUGAGAUUAUUAGUGAUGAUGGCUUCAAUGUAGAGGCAGACAACGUUGAAGUGGCUUGGACAGCUGUUAUCGAGGGAGUUCAGGAGGCCCGUGCAGUUGCAGGUCUGAGGCAACUGUCUUUCUCUGGGAUGACAGGGGCUCGUAUGAUGGGAAUGCUGCAUGAUGCUGUUGUCUACCUGGUGGAACAACUCCAAGGGGCCAAACGUUGCCAGCGUCACACCUUCCGCUUCCACAAGCAGGCCAGUCAGGACGAUGAUUUACCCAUCAACCCAAGUGGCUGUGUUCGCUCUGAAGUCUACCUGAGGAAGUCGACCUUUGAUAUAUUUAACUUCCUGGCGUCUCAGCACAGACAGCUUCCUGACACGGGCCUUUAUGAUGAGGAAGAGGAUGAAGUUCUACUCAAAUCGACCAGGCGUGCAACAAGUUUGGAGCUUCCGAUGGCUAUGCGCUUUAGACAUCUGGAGAGGACAUCCAAAGAAGCCGUUGGUGUUUACAGGUCUGCGAUUCAUGGAAGAGGACUUUUCUGCAAGCGGAACAUAGAAGCAGGAGAGAUGGUCAUCGAAUAUUCAGGCAUUGUCAUUCGUUCCGUUCUUACAGACAAACGAGAGAAGUAUUAUGAUGGCAAGGGCAUUGGAUGUUACAUGUUCCGCAUUGACGACUUCGACGUGGUAGAUGCCACCAUGCAUGGUAACGCAGCACGCUUCAUCAACCACUCCUGUGAACCCAACUGCUACUCUCGAGUCAUCAACGUGGAGGGUCAGAAACACAUAGUCAUUUUUGCCUUACGGACGAUAUACCGUGGAGAGGAACUCACGUAUGACUACAAGUUUCCAAUAGAAGACGCCAGCAACAAGCUCAGCUGCAACUGUGGAGCCAAGCGUUGCCGACGCUUCUUAAACUAAGGAAAAGUUGCAGUGCAACUUCACAACAACGGAGAAGACGGGUAAAAACAUUGGAACAAGGCUUGAUGGGUGAAGGGGGUCCAAGCAGAAGGUUUCUCCGAAAAGAGUCAGGUUUAAUGGAAUCACCACUUCAGUUUGGAGGUUCAUCAACAGGUCUGACGGCACAUAUAACGAAAUUUCGGGAGAAACUGAAAAGACACCAACUUGCAAGACUAGCAGCUCAAAAAUCUAGUUUUUUGUGGGGAGGCAACAUAGAAAUGGAGGGCUAGCAUUUCUCAGCAGAAAGGAACCAUCAAACAGCCAUUGUGGAUGCAUUCAUGUGCUUCAUGUUUUUAUUGUAUUCCAGCCAAUCACUAGAUGUUUAGUCCAAUAGAGCCAUUAAUCCAAGAGAGAAUGAGGCUAAGGGAGAAGAUAAUGGGUGAAAAUGUAACCAGGGCCCCUCAAGAAGAUUUUACACUAUGCUUUAUCCUUUUUGGUUAUUUUGUCAUAUUGGGGGGAAACAUUUGCUGUUUUGAGUCUCAGCCUUACAUAGUCAUGGCAUGUUUUUUUCUCCCUCUUUUUUUUAGCAGUUCAUAAGCCGCAAAGUACAAGCAAAUAGGGCACAAAUAUUGCAAGAAUGUUGUUAGACAUUGGUUGGCAGAGUUGUGACUCGUGGCAGCUUUUUACAUUUUCAGUGGGUCUUUUUAAAAGCUUAGAGAAAGUUUUCAGCAGGGCUGUUCCAGCAACCACUCACCUAAUAAACCUUUAAACCUAAAACAAUGAAUAUCCCCCUCCCAUUUAUCCUCUAGCACAUGUUAAAGAGCUGGAUUCUCAAGCUCUUGUACUUGAGAAACAUUUUAUAGUGUAGACCACAUUGUGUGCAGAAGCUAAGUGGCAGUCAAGAUGCUAAUGAUAUGAUGUAAACGUAUAAUUGAGAUCUAUUUUCUAUAGUUUUAAUUCUAGAUCACACUUGUGUUUAGCUGAGAAAGACUUAACCCUGCUCAGGACAACACUGUAUAACCCCUCAGCAUAACCCAUCAAUCCAUUCCUUGUGCAUGGUAGUAAUGGACAUGUUCACUGCAUUUCACUGGUUUGUCUUUGAAGCAUCUUUGCUUGAAAAACCCUACUUUGUAGCAUUUUUUUUUAUUAUUUAUUUUACAUUUUUCUUAGCAUUUUUACAGGCAGGCGUAAACCUAUUACUUCAUUCUUUUUGCAAAAGCUUGUUCUUCGUUUUUUGUGCUUGUUGUGUGGUGUAAUGCUGUAUAGGUUUUAUUUUUUUAUUUUUUUUACUCCUAGUCCACUUGAAAGUCUCCAUGGUGCUAAGCCCUAACAUGAGUCCUGAAAAGGAAACAACUUAGUUCUUCUGACUUGUUAGAGGACCAAAAAAGUACAUGCUGUAUUUGCUUCGUCUGGUACUAAACUAGCAAAUAUGCUUUCUAACAAUAAUGUGGUGCCCAUACGUGUCUAUGGAGCAAAGCCCAUACUGAAUAUUCAGACGGUGAUGUUUUAGCCUGUUUGUGAUUUAUUUGUCUGAGGAGUUCGUCUUUCGCAAACAAGAGCCUUGUGUCAAAUCGAAAUCAUGUCUGGAGAGUAUAUAAAUAUUUGUAUUUUUUUGUCGUAAAGUAGAGCACACUACUUGAGCUAAUUGUGAUGGCUAGAUGCAUCCUCUUUGCAUCACAGCUUUAGAAGCUGUGAUGACAUCAUGCAAUAAAAUAAUUUCUUUGCCACAAUUGUACAUACAAUUGGAGCAUUAUCUUGGGAUUUAGAAACUGCUUAAAUGUGUCCUAUAGAUAUAGGAAUUUGUACUGGUGACUUACAAAAUCUCAUUACUGCAUUAUACUGUGCAGCAGAAAUAUAUCUUAAUAUAUUUAUAGAAGAGUUAUUGAAACAACAGAUGGUAACCUGGCACUCAGCACCUUUUGAGUUGGUUCACUUCUCCAUGCAGAACAAUCAACAAGCUGAUGUCAUUGUUCUUUUCUCAGAGUGUAAAAGAUUGCUGUAGGAGUGUUGUAUUUAUUCCCAUUUGUCUUUAUGGGUAUUAGAUACCCAUAGAUCUGUGCUUUGUAUGUGACCAAGGUCUUAUCGGAAUUUUCUUCAGGGUUUUUCCAUUGUUUUUAACCUUUUUUCCGUUUUCUUUUUUGGAACAUUGUUUGAGGAUGAGUUCUUGCAACGUGGCCUUUUUAAGAGGUGAUGUGUUGUGACAGCUGUGUUUUCUUUUUUUAUGUCAUGGUGUUAUUUGUUGGUUUUAUUUGGCAUAGUAAGAGCAGUUACCGGAGCUCACACCAUGUGCAUUUUCCCCUCAAAAUCACAUUGACGUCUUGUGCUUUAUUCCUUUUACGGGGGCGAUCGCAACCAAGAACCUGACAUUUUAAUCAAACCUCCCCAGACUUGCAAGGAUUCUACCUCAAGCUGUUCAGGCAACGUUGAGAAAUACUAAUGCAAAACUAGGUGAAAAUAAACAAAUCGCUUGGUCUUUACUGUCCGAGUUGUCUUGUGUGCAAUGAAGGAUGGAAAGCACUAGUCAGCACCUCCUGUGAUGAUGCGCCUCCCAGAGCUUAUUGGAAAAGAUUUGUCUGUUCCUGUGUAGGUUAUUUUAAAAACGUGUUGGAAAAAGACUUAAAAACUGAAAAAACUUGUCUUUGCUACCUUGUACAAAUAAACCCUAAGUUUGUAAAUAGUUGUAUACAUAUUUCUAAACCUGUUUAAUUUUUCUAUGCACUUUUUUUAUUUAUAAUGUUUUUGCUUAAUAAAGAUGUACAAUGUUUGAACAAAGGUUAAGAUUUAUUGUGAUCUUUGGGCUGAGCAUACAAAAGCACAAGUUGUUCUGAUGAUCUCAUACAACGUGUAAUGCCAGUAAUAUUAACUUCAUAGAUUCAUUUGUUUAUGUGGUAAAAUCCUUUGUCAAAUGAAAUUUAUAGUUUCAGAACUUACAAUUGUUCCAUGAUAUAAUAUUUAGGACAGUGUUCUGGAAUAUUGAAAUGAAAUUAAAAGUUUAACUUUUUUGUCAAAUAUGAUAUGAUAUAUAAUAAUAAAUGUAUUACAAUAUAUACUAAUAAAAAGUGUAAAAAUAUUACACUGUAAUAGUAAUUUAACAGAAUAAAAACAAUCAUAUUUGGUAUGUCUUUUUAUAAAAUACAAAAAUUGUAAAAACAGGGCUACGUAGUGAGAUUUUAGUAAGGAUUACAAGAUAUAUAACAUUAAUAUGUAGUGUUAUGCAGGGGUGGGGCCAGAAGGGUGGCAGCCCCUACUCCCCACCCCAGAUAGACAGUAUAACAGUGUUCCUCCUCCGCCGACACCUGGGUCACCCACCCCGUCAAACGAAACUCUGCCGCAAGCAAUACCCCCCUCAGUCAGACUAAAUUACCGGAUGCCACCCCUUACUGAUUCUUGCCAACCCAGGCAAAAAAUCUUGCACAUGCCCCUGGUGUUAUG